AGGUUAGGCACCUACCUCCUAGUCCACCAUGAGACUUGUUCCGAGGAGAUGUUAGCUCCUAACAGCAGCAUGUGAGAUAUUACUUCAAAAUAACAUGCAUUCUGUAUUAAUAACAGUUUCAUCUUAGCGUAAGAAAAAAAAACCAGUCGCGUUGCGAGAAACGGACACUUUCGAGCAGAAAGGAAAAAAAGUAAGAAAAGAAAAAAAGAAACUCGGGUUUGGGAGGGGGAGAGUUACCGAGUUAGCCUUACAUCCGGGAACAAGUCGACGGUGAAAAGGGAAGAUCUCGGGGUUGAUUUCUAGUCUUAAAGCAUUUCCGCGGAAAUAAUGGUAUUAGUUAACUAUAUCUUCUAAAAAAUAUAACUAACUUAGGUACUCGUUAUCCGUUAUUUACAAAUCAUCACUCGAAGCAUUAUUAUCUAUAGUAGCCUGGAAAUAUCACAAAGCAACAUCGAGAUAGUUACAUUAUAUACUCUAAUACGCUAAACCACCUACAUACCUUGGGUUAGCAGCUAGGAGAUUAGCGACCAUGGCAGGCUCACGGAUGAAAUCAUGGUUCCCGACCACCGCAUCCCCUCUUAUAAUUAACGCGCCAAUGAAAGGGGUCGCGAAUAUAAAGCUGGCUACUGAGGUAGCCAAGGUCGGAGGCUUAGGUUUUAUUCAGUUCGGUCGAGACUUCGAACCGGGCUCAUCCACGCUAAAGCAACUGGAUGACGAACUAAGUCAAGCCUGGAAGCUGCUCGGCCUAGAGACAUCUAAGGAUGACGGUAGCACCCUUCCCAUCGGCGUGGGGAUCCUCACCUACAUGCCGUCUGCGCGGCACUUUGGUGAGACGGUGGUACCGAUACUGAAGCGCCACAGGCCUGCCGCAAUCUGGCUCUUUGCGCCCUCGCCCGAAACACCCGAAACUCACUCGAAUAUCGUCAAGGAGAUAAAGUCUCAGGGAAGCCCGUGGAACCCCAAGAUCGUGGUCCAAGUCGGAUCGGUAGCGGCGGCUCGAGAAGCGGCCACUCACGGAGCCGAUAUCAUCGUCGCGCAGGGCGUCGACGCCGGCGGCCACCAAUGGGCUCAGGGGGCUGGCAUAAUAAGCUUAGUUCCCGAGAUCAUUGAUGUCGUGCGCAACGAGUUCCCCGACAGGGAGAUUGCCGUGUGGGCGGCAGGCGGUAUCGGUGACGGCAGAGGAGCGGCGGCAGCACUGGCUUUGGGUGCCGAAGGAACUGUGCUUGGUACAAGGUACAUCGUAGCGCUCGAAUCAGACGCGCAAGACUACAAGAAGAAGGCCAUCAUCGCUACGUCAGAUGGAGGUUUCAAUACGGUGAAGUCCUAUUUCCAUGACCAUGUUCAAGGCGAUUUGUCCUGGCCCGAGCUCUACGAUGGUCGUGCCAUCGUCACCCCUACGUACCAAGAUCAUGCCUCCGGCGUGCCUCUGGAGGAGAGCCAGAAACGGCUCAAAGCUGCCCAGGAGAGCGGCGACGUGUCUAAGCUGGUCACUUGGUCCGGGACGGGUGUUGGCUUGAUCAAGAAAGAGCAGCCAGCUGCGGAGAUCACGAAAGAGGUGAGGGAGCAGGCGCUGGGGGCAAUCGCUAAGGUGAAGUCGUUCCUCUAGGCGGGUUCUUGGUCGGAGUCCUUCAUAAAGAUUGUGUAGCUGUGCACCUUUGAGGUUUAUAGGAGGGGGGGUAUCAAGACUGACGACCUCCCUGGUACUUAAUAUACCUGAUUAUUCGCAUUCUUAGAUUAAUAUCCUCGUAGCCUCUUCAAAGAGCUUAAAAAGUGAUAUACAGGUACCUAAUUUAAUAAACUCUAUCGCUCCUUCAUAAGCCAGGGUUAUACGAAG